AACUACAGCAUGCACUUAUGAUUUAUGUUUUAUUUCUGCUGAUGAAAUAAUAAAACAAUUAAUUUAAAUAUUUAAUUUAUAUUUUUAUAAUGCACAUUAUUAAAAAAAAUGUUAAAAUCAAAUGGAUAUUGCAGAAGACUGCUAACAAAAAAUUAUAAUUUUGCAUAAUGAUUUCUAUGCACCAUGUGAUAAUAAAUGAUUAUAGUAGUAAUAAUAAUAAUAAUAGUGUGUUUAUCAUCUUUUACACAUGCUAAGCAUUGAAUACUUUUUUCUUUUCCUUUAAUUAAAUAUCGGCUACAUACAACGUUACACAAUACAGUAACUAACGACAGUUUAUAUUUGGUGUAUUUCAACAAUAAUAUAAUAAUAAUAAUAAUAAUAAUAAUAAGCCAAUUUAGACUUAUAUGAAAACUUCAAGAUAACUAUCUAUCAACUGUCGACAAAGCGGACAUGCUCCCUGAUCCACCACUUCCAUUUGUAACACUUGUUCUACACAAUUUAGGCAAAGACACAAAUGCCGGCAGGGUAGCAACAAAACACUUCUUGGUUCAUCUAAGCAAAUAACACAAUGCUGCAACUGGAUUGCUUCUUUAGAAUCUGUAUUUGUUGUGCUGAGAUGCGUCUUUUUAGAUGCUAUGAUACUUUCUUGAAACUCAAUCUCCAAAUUUCUUACGUUAUUUACAUUGGGCCUGGCCCUUGGCCUUCUCCUUCUUUGAAUGUUAUCUGUAACCCUUUGUAAAUACCUACUAGCUAACGAUACAGCUAUAUUCACACAUUUAAAAUAAUGCAAGAAAAGAACUAUAAAUAUAGCAAUAACAACUUGCAUGAUUGAAUACAAAUUUUCAUUAAGAUGAAAAUUUAACAGGCACAUAUGCAACAUUGAAAAACCAUAUUGGAUAGAUAUAAUUAUCAAGUUUAAAAUCAAGGUGAACAAUAUCAUCAGCUGCGAGGUGGUAACUAUGCAUAUGUUGUAGACAAGUUCAACGAGGGUGUAAACAACACUAUAAAUCAGUAAACCAAUCUUCUCGGGAAUAAACGAACAGUAUGAGAGUAGUCCUACAAUCUCGUAAAAUACAUUUCUUAGCAGCAGUAGGCAAGCUGGUAUGUAAACGACUGCUUGCGAAAUGUAUAUCACAAGAUUUAUGAAGAAGGCGAAAAUGCUUCCAAUCAACACGGCGUUGACUUCGAUAAUAAGCUUCAUCAGCCAAAUAAAACAGGAAAUUAGUUGAAGGCACACGAAACACAAUUGAUUCAGGAUCGUAAAUAUACCGUUAAAUGUCACCAAAGUCAAAUACGCCAUAUUCAAUCCUUCCCAGCACAAUCAAAAUGGUAAAAUAUAGGCUAUCUUUGCAAGUAGGCCCCGGUAUAGCAGCAGGAUGGGUGCCUCUCGUUGCCUAUACUUUGAAGGCCUAACUAGGCCAACACAACAGAUUUACAACCACACGUCGCCACGUUCACGCCUCAUGUACAUAUGCUUCCCGUCGUGUCUUUGGUCACCAUAACAGAUAGACAUAACUAGCUAUACAAUUCAAGCUUUUCUUUACCGAUUCAAAAUAUUUCAUAAAAAAGAACGGAACGGAGUUCGCAGUUCCAGCCCCACCGCCGGAAGCGCUGCUUAUAUUUAGGGGAAUUCCCGUUUUCUGAGAUUAAAAGUAGCGCCCCCCUAGUAAAUUUCGUCAUAAAUUUCGACGGUAACAUUUCUGGAACAGGGAGAAAUCCUUUUGUACUGGGAGGGCUAAUAUUAUUAUAUUUUUACCAGAAAUACGGUACUACAUUCUUCUAUUUAUCGAUAUUAUAAUAUAUUUAUUCAGAUACAAUUUUUAAUAUAAUUAAUAAAAUCAUCAUCAGUCACAACAUUUUUAUUACGAUUAAUUACAAUAAAAAUAGUAUCGCCAAAUUCUCUCUCUCGUCGACCAAUCAAAUGAAAGGAAAACAAAGUACCCCUGUAAACUCCAGAGUUGCUUUAAGUUUCGCAGAAUCACAUCCCGUGACAGAAUUAAGCAUUUUCACUUCAGUAGGCUGAGUACAGCUCCAUGGGCACCACGUUGUCAUCAUGAACUUAAUGUAUGUAAACGUACUCGUUGUAUUUAUGUUGUUAUCUAUCAGUUGCUGUACAGAAGCGUUAAGUUGCCUAGAUCGCAGUGGUCAUCCAGUUGAUUGGUUUAUUGCACUCAAGCUUUCCAAAGACAGCGACAAUAACAAUGAGCUGAUUAGGGAUGGUGUGGGGCAUGUCUAUAUGGAUGAGAAUAUUAAAGAAUGGCAAUUGUCAGAUGUAUCGAUGAAUGACAGCAGUCAGUCCAUAGGCUACACACUACAGCAGAUAUACGACAAUCCAAAAUCAAAGGAUGUUGGUUACAUAAUGUACAAUGAUGAAUGGCCGAAUGGUCCUAAGUCAUCAUCUAGGGGUCAUACUAAAGGUGCAUUAGCAUUUGAUUCUUCAUCUGGCUUUUGGCUGAUACACAGUACCCCAAAGUUUCCAGACUUUGCCAACAAAUCUUAUGUCUGGCCAAACAAUGCCCUGCCAUUUGGCCAGUCCUUCCUUUGUAUUACAUUUGACUUGAAACAAUUUCAAUUGAUAGGUGAGCAAUUAUUGUACAACUACCCGUCAAUAUAUGAUUCUAAUCUGCCAGACCAGCUAGUGGACAAAGUGCCAAGUCUGAGGGAUGUUGUAAAUGACAAGCACACUGACACACCUCCAUAUAAACAAAUGGUUACAUUAUAUUCAAAAGCUGGAAGAGAAUUUCAAAGUUUUUCCAAAUCUAAAGGUUUUAACCAAGAUAUUUAUGCUAACUGGUUAGCUCCAUAUUGGAAAACCAAUCUGUUUACGGAAACCUGGCAAAAUGGAGGAGGCAAACUUAAAUCAAACUGCAGUAGUACAUUUACUGUACAAAACAUCAAGUUGAUAAGUCUACCUGGCAUCAUUUUACAGAAGGAAACCAAAGACCACUCAAAAUGGGCUGUGUCCACAGGCAACACCAGACAAGUGACAUGUAUUGGAGGCAUCAACAGAAUGGAAGCCCAGUUUAGACGUGCAGGCGGUCUUGUGUGUAGCGAAAUACCAGAGAUAUGGAAGGCGUUUAGACAGCUUGUAAACGAUACGGAACCAUGUCCCGGGCUUAACUAUUGACAUCCAAGUUCAAUACAUAUUUUGAAUUGUUAAGUGAAAUGACACAGAUAAUCUAAAAUCAGUGAUUUUGAAAGUGUACUGCAGAUUUUAGUCAUCACACUGUUUAUUAUCUUGGAUACAAUGUUAAGAGGUCUGUAAAUUUCCCCUCAUAUGUACAUUGGUCUAUUUUAAGUGGCCAUUUUUACAAGGCUUUAUAAUUAAUAUCUUUAAACAGCGUGACUUCAUAGAGCACAAUUUCCUAGAAGCUUAAAUAAAUGUUUUGAAAGUCUCAAAAUAUCAACAGUUUUUGUUCCACUUUGCUUGUAUAUGGUGUUGCCGCUAGUAAGACAAAAAAAGUAAUUCUGUAUAAAAAAAAAAUAGAAACAAAACUUGUUUUUAGCACUUUAGUUACUAUUGCAGUAAUUAACAAUAAUAUAUGCUUAAUGGCUCUCAUUGCUAGUUUUGACCUCAAGAACAUCAUAGGUGCAAGGCCUGGAAAAAAUUGUUUGUGCCAUGAAAGUUGUCUUGAUAAAAUGCCUCCUGCACCAACUAUUACCUGUACACUAUAAUGGCUAUAUAGCUUAAGAGUUUACAGUAUUUUUAUAAAUAUUUGGAAGAUUCAAGGGGACCACCAGCUGGCCUGCACCCCCCUCCCCCACCCAAAAAAAAAAAAAAUAU